UAGCUCCGCCACUGGGAUUUCCCCUUUGCCUCUGAAUCGAAAGCCAACUUCAGCGCCUUUGAGGCAGCUCUGGACGCACGAGGAGGAGCAGCAUCUCUCUCUCCGUGCUGCAGCGCAUCCCUCCUCCUCGUCUUACUCUGGUGAAGGACCUCUGCUGCUCCACACGUAACACGCCGCGCGGCGUGACGCUUGGAUGGACUCCGCCGAUGCGCUUUGCUCCUCCUGUCCCCCGUUUGCUCCCUUUGAGCGCGCCUGGUUUCUCCUUUGUCGGAUCGUGACGCGCUGCGUGGAUUGUCUCUGAGGACCUUGAAGGGGGGGCGAGGGGGGCGGGGGGUUCUCUCGAGCCAUGUGGACCCCAAACUCGUCCUUCGGUGGAGACACACUCAGGAGGCGCAGAUCGACCCCGAUAGACUAGAGCCUCCAUCUGCUUUCUUUCUUCUCUAGAAAGAGCCUGAAAGGACGCAGCGACAGACGAGAUGGUUCAGAAGAAUGGCUGCACCUGACCUUCUUGACCCAAAGACUGCAGCCCACAACUCCAAGCCCCGCCUGUCCUUCUCAGCAAAGCCCGUGGUUCUGAACACACCAGAGGAUGAGUGCGACACCCGGACCACAGUCAUGAGGUGGAAAACUGUGUCUGCCAUCUUCUUCCUGGUGGUGCUGUACCUCAUCAUCGGGGCGACGGUGUUCAGAGCGCUGGAGCAACCCCAGGAAAACUUUCAGAAACUCGCCAUUCUUGAGGAAAAACUGAAGUUCCUGGACUUGCAUUCCUGCGUAAAUGCUUCAGAGCUGGAGGAUCUGGUGAAGCAAGUGGUUUCAGCGGUGCGAGCAGGAGUGACUCCAACGGGAAAUCUGUCACUCCAGACCAGUCUGUGGGACCUCAGUUCCUCUUUCUUCUUUGCUGGGACUGUUAUCACUACAAUUGGAUUUGGGAACAUCUCUCCUCACACAGAAGGAGGACGGAUCUUCUGUAUCAUUUACGCCCUACUUGGAAUACCUCUUUUUGGGUUCCUGCUAGCUGGAGUUGGAGACCAGUUGGGCACCAUUUUUGGGAAGGGCAUCGCCAAAGUGGAGAAGAUGAUUGUGGUGAGACACGUCUUUUACAAGUGGAAAGUCAGCCAGACGAAAAUCCGAGUCAUCUCCACGCUGCUCUUCAUCCUGUUCGGGUGCCUCAUUUUCGUGGCCCUGCCUGCUGUCAUCUUCAAGCACAUCGAAGGCUGGAGCACCCUCGAAUCCAUCUACUUUGUCGUCAUCACGCUCACCACCAUCGGUUUUGGAGACUUUGUCGCAGGAGAAAAAGGUCACCUGACUGAGGGUGGGUCAGAGAGCCUAGAAUACCUCAACUACUACAAACCUGUGGUGUGGUUCUGGAUCCUGGUCGGUUUGGCAUACUUUGCUGCUGUGCUCAGUAUGAUUGGAGACUGGUUUAGGGUCAUCUCAAAGAAAACUAAAGAGGAGGUUGGAGAGUUUCGUGCACACGCUGCCGAGUGGACAGCCAAUGUAUCCGCUGAGUUCAAAGAGACCCGCAGGCGGCUCAGCGUCGACAUUUAUGACAGGUUUCAGCGAGCGGCAUCCAUCAAGCGCAAGCUGUCAUCCGAGCUGGGAAUGAACACGUCCCUCAACCCUGAAAUCACUCCUGGCAAGAGAACGUUGUCAGCCAACCUUUGUGAGGACAGAGAUGCCUACCCUAACCUGACUCUCUCGCUCAGUCCCGUUCCCGGCGCCCUGACCCGGAACGGCAGCCUGUUCUUGAACGGGCUCAGCCCAGACUACGCCGACCGGCAGGAAGUUGCCAUUGUUGAAAACCUCAAAUGAGAAGCAGAAAGUUUUUUUUUAUUCUAACAGAACUGAUUGGUAUUGGAAACACAAACAUGCGCCUGUGCUAAUCGAUUGAGCGUCACCCACGCCGUGCCCGUCUGCGCUCAUUACGGAGAUUGUUUUUCUCAAGCACAGAUCAAUCCUCAAGCUGUGCGCAACCGUGCGCCGGUCUGUCCCACACAGUCACAAAGAAAGGACUAUAUACAUAAAUUAAAAAAGAAAUAUUUCUGUUUCCCUGCCAGUCUGAUUGGCAGCCUUGUCACUGAGCCAAGCUGAAGAAUGUUUUUCCCUGGCUGGAACAAAAGAUUGUAUCUGAGGCGGGAAGGAAACAAAGGCCCGCAUCCUUUCCGCAUGAAAAACACGUGUGCAUUCGGAUAUAGGAAGCAAUAGAUGCGUCUUUGUUAACAGCUGUUUGGGUUUCUACUAAGAGAAUCCUCUACAGACUGGGAGUCUUGUGCCGGAGGAAAAGUCUUUUUUUUGUCCUGUUUUCUUCUGUCAUUUUCUUACAUUGUAUGGAUCCGUAUGCCUUGCAUUCACCGGUCUGUCGUCCCUCACUGAAGCAAUGAAUGUUUUUAGAUUUCAUCUCAAGUAAUAAUCCACCAGUGCCUUAUUGAAAAUCCCAGUGAACACUGAACAGCAACGACUUCUAAACAGCUGAGAAGCUUUUUCUGAAGCUCAGUUGUGAUAAUGUUUUUAGCAUGUUAUUUAACGCUCCCAAGCCCUCCUCCGUUUUAAGAAGAGUAUUUAGUAUGCAUGAGACACGAGUGGACAAACUGAGAUGAGUGCUGCACCGCUCCACCCUACUCCACCUUCAACCAAAGGAAAGAUCCCGAUCUUCAGUCUGAUUGGAGCAUGCUGAGUGAUUUAUUUUUAAAUCUCCUGCACUUUUUCCCAUGAAACUGGAACACAGAACAUUAUUUUCUGCAUAUGAAUGUUAAGGUCUUUCAUAUUUUGCCAGUACUGAAUGUACACCACCAGAAACCUUUUCACUCUUUGUGUUCAACUGCCAACACUCAACUCUGUAGAGGUGACUGAAGCACAUAGGAAUAGAUGCAUUACUCUAAACAAAGCCCCUCUGUGGCUAAAUGUGAUUGAAAUAAAUUAAUUAGGAGGAUUGCUUCUUACACAAAGUAAAAAUCUGCUUGUUGUUUAUGGUGCAUGCUUAGGGCCUUAAACACUCCUGUUGCUUUUAUUAUAUUCAGCAUCUGUUAUGUAAAAGGUUUCUUUCAGUGUCAGAUCCUGUUGCAGCAGGAAAUAAAAACAAGUUCCAGAGUAAAAUCAUGUUUAAGUUAUAAAUAAAACUUCUCAAAAUUCA